AUGAGUCGUAAAGGGAAAAGCCAUGCUACAUCAGGGAAUGAGGAGGCAGCUACGUAUAACGGCGCGGUGGAUUUGGGUGUAGAAGCCCCCGAAAAAUCCAAUGUCUCGGGGAAUAAAGAAGCAGUAUCGCAUAGCAGACAGUUCAAGUGGAACCGGGAGUAUAUGUCGUUACUAUCGAGAGGAAUGCCAAAUGAAAAUAAUGUCCUCUGUUAUCGCAAUAGCGCCUUUAUAUCGCUGCUGCAUUCCCCCGUGUUCGUGAAUUGGCUACGGGCCCGCCGAUGUAUCUCUGGCAAUGAAGCUAACCCGGAUUGCCUAGCUUUCAGUUGGGAUAUGUAUUCCAAGUUGUACUGGUCGAACACUAUACAGGCGGAUACUCUAAAUUCGCAUAUGACCACACUUUGGAAUAAGCAUUUGUUGAAAUUACAAUGGGGUUUCCCAGAGCAGCAGGGUGAAGAUAUCAUUCCUCAACAGGAAGACGUUGUAGAAUUUUUAACCUACUUGAUAGGCAGCUUAGCAGCCGAGCGAGAAGAACACGGAAAUAAGAGAGAGAAAAAGUACUUCGAACAGAUGUUUCGGACCUCGCUGUUACUUACUCGAACUUGCCUGGGCUGUACGGCACCAAAAUGUGACUCGGAGACUCGGACGUCGAACAUACUGUACGCCAUUCCACCACCAUUAAUGGCGCAAACCAGAAGAAUCGAAGAGGGAAUCGCCACAUACCUAGAAAACGAGGCCUUGUUGGAUAGGGUCUGUACAACAUGCCACAUCGCCCUAUCUCCUGCCGACACAGCCCGUAUUAGGAGGGCACCCGAAAUUCUCAUUGUACAAGUUGAUCGAUUCAAGGUAAUAGAUAACAAAUCUAUGAAAGUUUUCACCAACCUGACGUUCGGAGAAGAGCUAGAUCUCACAAGUCAUUAUGAUAACACCGGCGAUAAUACCGGGGAAGGACUUCGAUAUCAGCUCGUUUCAGUUAUAUUCCAUUUGGGUCUGGCUGUUGAAGAAGGCCACUACAUCACCUUUGCGAAACAACCCAAUGGAGUAUGGUCUAAGAUUGAUGACGAAAAGGUGACAAAAAUCCAAUUCAACGAUAUCGCAGAUGGCUCUCAUGGAUGGAAUGAGACUCCAUAUGUAUUUUUUUACUCCAGGAUAUAUUCAGAGCCACAAGCAUCAGGCACUGAGAAAGCCAGUCAACUACACGCCAGCAAAACUUCUCCAGGAGUAACGCAAGAAGGUGAAGAUGACCAUUCAGCACUAGCAUCACGUUUUUAUGAUUUCUUUUCCCAAACACUCUCUGAAAAAGCCGGUGUUUCUACACCUAGGUCCAAAUCGACGACGGAACAGCCAGCGCAAAUGUGGGUGAAUAUUACCAUGGGCAAUAUGGCUCUGACUGGGACUCUUCAGGGCAGAUUGGAUAUGGCUGUUAAACGCCUUUUGCCCACGGACGAACCCGGAGACCGUGGCUGCGAGUUUAAAAAGCUGCGAUAA